AUGAAACUGUUCGUUGCCAUCGCUGCUGUCGUUGCCACCGUUUUCGCGCAAGAUGUCAACUUCACUGACGUCUCGGAGAGCCAAGAACGGGGCGACGGCAUCCGUGUCGUUGGCGGAAAGGAGGCCCCCGUUGGGCAAUACACGUGGACCGUCAACCUCCGCAGGUCUGGCUGUCAGAAAGACACCGGACUAGGCCCUUGA